CUCGCCUUCAGAUCCCUCAGUGAGGAGACUCUUUGCAGGGAUGCUCAGAGGGCAGGCACCUGCUGCUCUGUAAUGAUUCAGCCUCUUUCAGCCGCUGCGUUAACACAACAGGAUGCUGUUGCUACUGUCACUGCUGCCGCUGCUGCCGCCGCCGCUCCUGCCCCCGCCGCCGCCACCGCUGCUCCUGCUUUUGCUUUUACUUCUGCUGCAUGACAGUUGUUUUCUUCAUCUGAGCAGGCAGCAGCUGCAGAUGCCCCAGGUGGGGAACCUGCCUUUCAGUUUGGGCUACUGGUUUACUUAAUCGGACGACCCUCCGCCCGCCCGCUUUCUCCUUUGGUGGCCGUUCUCUUGACAAGCCGGGAUGGUUUGAAGAAGCAUUGAAAAGAACUGGAAAAGUGGCCCGGAAACAGCAGCGAAAGAAUCACGACACCACUUUUAUGUUUGUUGUCCUUAGAAGCUUUUUCUUCUCUUUUCUUCUUUCCCUGUCUUCCCGAACUCCUCCUGAUUUUGAUAAUGGCCUUGGACUUGGGCUACGUAUCGAUUUCCACUUCUAAGAUGCUGUCUCAUUUGGCUGGGGGGGGCUCUGCAUGGUAAUGGACCGUGAGCGAGGCCGGGCCUUCUGGAGGUGAGCCGAUGGAGAUUUAUUCCCCAGACAUGUCUGAGGAAGCUGCCCAGAGGUCCUCCAGCCCCUCCACUCAGCUGAGUCCAGACCCAUCUCUGGACGGGCUUCCGGCAGCAGAAGACAUGCCAGAGACCCAGACUGGAGAUGGGAGAAGCCCGGCACUUGGCCUGGCAGUGCCCUGCUGCGUGUGCCUGGAAGCGGAGCACCUGAGAGGUUGCCUCAACUCAGAGAAAAUCUGCAUUGUUCCCAUUCUGGCUUGCUUAGUCAGCCUCUGCCUCUGCAUUGCCGGCCUCAAGUGGGUAUUCGUGGACAAGAUAUUUGAGUAUGACUCUCCUACUCACCUUGACCCUGGGGGGUUAGGCCAGGACCCUGUGAUUUCUGCUGAUCCGACCGCUGCCUCAGCUGUGUGGGGAUCAUCGGAGGCAUACACUUCACCUGUCCCUAGGGCUCAAUCUGAAACUGAGGCUCAAGUUACAGUGCAAGGUACCAGUGCUGUUGUACCUUCAGCUGCGCCAACCCUGAAGAAUCGCAUCCUUGCUUUUCCUUUUCUGCCUUCCGCUGCGCCGCCCUUCCCUGCAUCCACCGGGCACCCUGAGGUGAGAACACCCAAGUCAGCAGUUCAGCCACAAACAACAGCAACUAAGCUCCGAACUGCUCCUAAACUUUCUACUUCCACAUCCACAGCCGGAACAAGCCAUCUUGUAAGAUGCGCAGAGAAGGAGAAAACCUUCUGUGUGAAUGGAGGCGAGUGCUUCAUGGUGAAAGACCUGUCCAAUCCCUCAAGAUACUUGUGCAAGUGCCCAAAUGAGUUUACUGGUGAUCGCUGCCAAAACUACGUAAUGGCCAGCUUCUACAAGCAUCUUGGGAUUGAAUUUAUGGAAGCUGAAGAGCUCUACCAGAAGAGAGUGCUGACCAUCACCGGCAUCUGCAUUGCCCUGCUGGUGGUCGGCAUCAUGUGUGUGGUGGCCUACUGCAAAACCAAGUCCAGGAAACAACGGAAAAAGCUCCAUGACCGGCUGCGGCAGAGCCUUCGAUCCGAGCGAAACAACAUGGUGAACAUGGCAAAUGGGCCUCACCAUCCUAACCUACCUCCGGAGAGCGUGCAGCUGGUGAAUCAGUACGUGUCUAAAAAUGUUCUCUCCAGUGAGCAUGUUGUUGAGAGAGAAGCAGAAACAUCUUUCUCUACAAGCCACCACACCUCCACAGCUCACCAUUCCACUACAGUCACCCAGACUCCUAGCCACAGCUGGAGUAAUGGACACACUGAAAGCAUUGUUUCGGAAAGUCACUCUGCACUCAUGAUGUCCUCUGUCGAAAACAGUCGGCACAGCAGCCCAUCGGGGGGACCAAGAGGACGUCUCAAUGGCCUGGGAGGCCCCCGAGAGUGUCACGGCCUCCUCAGGCAUGCCAGGGAAACCCCUGACUCCUACCGAGACUCUCCUCACAGUGAAAGGUAUGUGUCAGCAAUGACCACCCCGGCUCGUAUGUCACCUGUAGAUUUCCACACGCCAAGCUCCCCCAAAUCACCCCCUCCGGAAAUGUCUCCACCUGUGUCCAGCAUGACGGUCUCCAUGCCCUCCAUGCCAGUCAGCCCCUUCAUGGAAGAGGAGAGGCCUCUUCUGCUGGUGACACCACCACGACUUCGGGAGAAGAAGCAUGACCGCCACCCUCCGCCAUUCAACUCCUUCCACCACAACCCUGCGCAUGAGAGUAACAGCCUCCCCCCUAGCCCUUUGAGGAUAGUGGAGGACGAGGAGUAUGAAACGACCCAGGAGUAUGAGCCAGCUCAAGAGCCUGUUAAGAAACUCGCCAAUACCCGGCGGGCCAAAAGAACCAAGCCCAAUGGCCACCCAGCAAGCAAGUUGGAAAUGGACAGCCGCACCAACUCGGAGAGCAGUAACUCCGAGAGCGAAACCGAAGAUGAAAGAGUCGGUGAAGACACUCCUUUCCUGGGCCUACAAACCCCCCUGGCCGCUGGUCUCGAGGCAGCCCCUGCCUUCCGCCUGACUGAGAACAGGACUAACCCAGGGGGUCGCUUCUCGACACAGGAGGAAUUGCAGGCCAGGCUGACUAGUGUAAUUGCUAACCAAGACCCUGUUGCUGUAUAAAACAUCAGUAAACACCUAGAUUCACCUGUAAAACUUUAUUUUAUAUAAUAAAGUAUUCCACCUUAAAUUAAACAAUUUAUUUUAUUUUAGCAGUUCUGCAAAUAGAAAACAGGAAGAAACUUUUAUAAAUUAAAUAUAUGUAUGUAAAAAUGUGUUAUGUGCCAUAUGUAGCAAUUUUUUACAGUAUUUCAAAAUGAGAAAGAUAUCAACGGUGCCUUUAUGUUCUGUUCUGUUGAGAGCGAGUUUUGUACAGUUCCCGUGGUUGCUUUUCCACAGUAUUUCAGCAAAUCCUCCCACAGUCAGUUGUUGCUGACGUCUUGUGCAUUGCACUCUGAGGCUGACUGGGUCUAUGAUGGGCAAGCCUGGCACCCGUCCGUCCCUCUGUUUGCUUGUCGUCGCACCCACCCAGGUGCCUUGUGAGGGCGAAUCCAGCCAGAUCCGCCUCUUCUCUCUUGACUUUGCUUUCAGUGUGUGAAAUGGGUUGUGUCUACUCUGCCGGGCAAAGGUUUGCUCCACUGGGCUCUGAGAUAGUAGUAGGUCCAACAGCAUGCUACUCUUAAUUACAACUGGACCCUGCUGUAAGCCAUGGUAAAUAUUAGGAAGACGGUGAUUAGCAAAGCAACAACUUGUGUCCUUCAUCCGAAGACAGGUUGUUUCUACGAAAAGGAGCUACCAUUUCCUUUCUUUUGAUUUCUUUAACUGGACAAAAGGCAACCAUUGGAAGGAGCGUAGAAAGCAGGUUGUGGUUUGCUAGCGGAUACAUCCAGCACCUGAGCAGAGGGCUCAAGUUCAUUUUGUCUUGGCGGGGGGCGGGGGUGCUGUGAAACAUCAGUUCAUCCAGACGAAGAUCAAACCAUGGCUGACCAAGGUGCACUCAUUUCUGUCCUGGAUCUCUCACCAGUUUCGAUUAGAGAUUAGUGGCGUCUUCUCACCUCGGGAGGAAGAGUGGCCCAUCCCUCCAUUUGUCUGCAAUAGUCCUAGAGCAAACUGUGCCUGCUGUGCAGAGUGGUGACUAGGGAAAUCGCUCAGCUGCAGCACGCAGACACAGAGGAGACACAGGUGCAGAGCAGCUGUGUGACUGUUUUUCCUUGACAUGUCAAACCAUUUUUGUUGGGCCACCCCCUCACUCUGAGGAGUUUUCUCGCUUGUCAAGGUCGACUUGAUUAGGUCAUCACUAUGCAUGAACAUUUGUGUCAGGCGAGGCCGAUGCGCGUUGGUCUGUGAUUAAUAAGAACCUUCCACGAGUGACGGUGCAUCAGGAAACGUCCAGAGGGUCAGAGAGGAUGCACCUUUACUUGCUGAGUAACCUCCACCUGUGCACAAACUCUCUGUUGAUGCCUGUAGCAUCAUUUUCCUAUGGUCUUAGUCUUUUUUGAUUAUUUUGUUUUACUGUCACAGAGCAGGCUUAAUUGGUCUCACUUUCCCACGUGUCCUUGCUAUUGUGAAUCCAAAGGAGUUUUACAUGUCAAUAAGUGUCAACAUUGGAAAAAUAAGAGAGAUUGAAACCAUAAACGGUGUGAUCCAUUUUAUGCCCUGCCUACUCUCUUGGAACUCAGGGCUGGAGCUACAUACUGAGGCUCCUAAGAGCCACGAGGCACCACGGGACCAGGUUAGCAGGAGGUCCAAAGUGCUAGGCGUGAACUUAAUGACAGUACCUGCUGCUUGUUUGCAGGUGAACAGAAUCAAUUUCUUCACCAAAUCUCCAAGUGCAAUCAACCGGCAGACAUGACAUGCAGCUAGGUCUCAUGAGACAGCAUCAGGAUGGGAUGAGGCAUCUUGUUAAGCUCCUAGAUGUUUCUGUGACCCACAGACACUCUUGGGUCUGCAGUUCCUUGCUGUUAGUCUGAGGACCUGGGAUUCCCCGCGCUUCCUUUUUGGAUCACGUGCCACUUUCUCUGUGCCCCAUGGUACCCUGGUGUGCUAAUCUGCACCGAAGCUCUCCUGCCAGCUUGUGCAAAUGGAGGAAGCUUGUGGCCGAGGAAGUUCUCUCAACCACUCUCUCAACUGCUAGACUGUUGCUUUUGAAGACCUUGCCUCAUUCCUUGGCCAUUUCAAUGAUUUUAUUUUUAAUCUUCCUACCAUUAAUUAAAACACACAUUUCUAUUUCAAAUUCUUUUCAUAUUAGGGUAUUCGGAUAGCCCAUUCCGAAGAAUUCCAGGAAUAAGCAGACUCUUCUAUUGAAAGCAAUGAGCAACAUUUUCCUCAUUAUGGAAAUUGCUGUAAGUUUCCACAUUGCACAUACAGACAUAGGAAAACUUAGGAUGAGGAAAUUUGAUUUCAACUAAAUUCCGGUCACUCAUGGAGGUGCCAUAUGGGUUGGGACAGGUUUGUUUUUGUCUGUAGAAUAAGAGCUUCCCUUGACCAGUAAGGCCAGCUGACUGCUCAGGGCCACCAGCCCAGCUCACAGAUUGGUGUUCACCGUAAUAUCUCUAGUUUCUCUAAUUGGCACAUCACUCUCAACCAUCCCUGUGUAUAAACUCAGGCAGUGCAGUGGCAAUCCGGAGGAGGAAUGUGAACCCAGACUCGCAGCACAUGGGAAGCUAUCUUGGGGUUGAUGGUGAUGGAUGUUCAUUCCCAGGAAGUGAGAGAGCAAUGGCUGUGCCUCCAUUCCCUGGGCCAUGAUCCCAAGGAGGGGUAUGCGGUGGAGCAUAAUAUAUGCAAAACUCCGUUAGUCACUCUAGAUUCGUUUUCUGUGCGCCUCCCCCCUCUUGUCUGACAGGACUUUGUUUUUGAAAACAGACUAGACAGCCUCCUUCUUUCUGAAAAGGGACACUUUGCCUGGGAUGUCUGUAAACGGGUUCCACCCGGGCCGUGUCAUCUCCUGCUCAGUGCAGCGUGACUGCCUUGAGAGCAGUGGAGUUUACCCAGGGUAACUUGCCCAGUAACCCCUCCUUUUGGGGGCCUGGAUCAACAGGUUCAUAUUGGGGAAAGUAGGGAAAGGCUGGUCUUCCUUUUAGUCCUGGCUCCAUCCCACCAGCGACAGAGGUGUCAAUCCUGAAAAAUCCCAUGAAACACUGCAGACAAGAGGGAAUGGCCACACAUCACAAAUUCUAUGAUGCUUUUGUAAAUACAUGUUGUACAUGACUGGGAUGCUUUCUGAAAUCAUUUAUUGUCUUUAUGAUUUAAUGCCAGAUCAGACUCUCUCAACUUCCUGUGUAACACUGUAAAUAACAUAGUAUCCUUUAUUAUUUAUAUUUAAGCAUCUAACAUAGAGAGUUGUUUUCAUAUAAGUUUAAGAAAAUGUCAAAAUAUAUGUUUUUUUCCCCUUUUCUUUAAACAUAUGUAUCUUUUCCUUUCCUUAAGAAUAAUUUAUUGUUGAGGAGAAAGAAUGUAUAUGUAAUUGAAAUUGUUUGAAGAAUGCACAUUUGAAGGCCGUGAGGUACUGAUAAAACUAAAGAAUUUAUUAUCCAAAAUACUAAGCAAUAAGUAAUUGUGAUUUAUUUAAAGUUUUGUUCAUUCCAUGAAAGAUCUACUGCAAUAAAGUGCUACCCUGUGGAGACCUAGCUGUGUUGCUCAGCAGACCAUGUUUCAGUCUGUUAGAGCAGCACCUUCACCUUAA